AUGCGACCAACUUAUAGGAAUUCAUCAUCGACACGCACAGUUUCACCAUUUUCAAUGAGCAAGGAUGAAUGCACGAAUUCAGUUGGAAGACGGGCAUAUAAUGGACGAAGUAUUGCAACUAUUAGUAAUAGAUGUGUACAUAUUUCUUUAUNUGGUUUACGUGAACUGAACUCAACAGAAAUAUCUCAGUAUUGUACAACUCCACCGGUCAAUCCGCCCAUCACCGAUGCACCGUUUGAUUUUACAUCAGAUUAUGAACUUCGACUGUACACAUCUGGUUGUUACUAUCUUGAUUCAAAUAAUCAAUGGCAAUCCGAUGGAUUGAUUGUUGGAUCAUUGACAAAUACAAAUGAAACGGAAUGUUUUUCAACACAUUUAACAACAUUCGCAGCUGGAUUUCUUGUUUUACCAUCGCCUAUCCAUUGGAAUUAUGUCUUUUUACAUGCGAAUUUCAAUCGAAAUAAAACAAUUUAUAUCACCAUGAUUUCUGUUUCUAUUCUUUACCUUCUCAUUAUGAUUUAUGCACGUUUUAAAGAUAAAAACGAUAUCGAGAAGUUAGGAGUCAUUGCCUUAGAAGAUAAUCGUCAAGAAGAUCAAUAUUGUUAUCAAAUUAUUAUUUUUACUGACCACCGGAAAGAUGCAGAAACAAAACCUCAAGAUCAUUUUAUUCUUGCUGGUGAUGAAGAUGAAACACAAGUUCGAACAUUUAAUUAUUCGGAACGAAAUAUAUCUCAACAUGAUGAUAUCGAUUCAUUUGCUAUGACUGUUCCUAAAUCAUUAGGAAAAUUGAAUUCGAUUUGCAUUUGGCAUAAUAAUAAAGAUAAUUUAUUAGAGUAUUGGAAAUAUUUGAUCAUUUGUGAUCUACAAACAUUAGAAAAAUCUAAUUUUAUUUGUCAGCGAUGGUCUGCUAUUGAUAAACACGAUGAACAGAUUGGAAUUGUCAUCAUUGUUGAAUUGCUGGUAUUUUGUUCAAGUCUGCAUUUCGUUCAAUUCUUUCGACAUAUUCAACUUCUUCUAACAAAUUCAUCGGAUAAAUCAAAAACAAAGCUACGAUUUCAAUUUCCUUGGUGGCGCUUCAUUUCAGCAUAUCGAUUGUUAUUUAUUAUAGGUUUUAUCUCAAUGUCCUUUAUUGUUGUCCGUAUAAUUGAGUUUGGUGAUUUAAAAACACAAAAAUGGAUAAUAUUAUUAAUUCAUCUGGUUGAACCAAUCAAGAUUUUCGUUUGUUUUAUUCGAGAAUCUGCUAAAAAGAAACAAGCGAAUGAAUAUUUCGUUAAUUUUCUUAUUUGUUCGAAUCAACGUUUUCAUCAGUUAAAACAAGUUGAUGGUUCGAGAAAUGAUUUUGUUCAUUCACGAGACAAUGAAAAGAUUUCAACAAUCCACAAUUGGUUAGAAAAUGAAUUUGUUCGGAAAAUUCGUGUUCAAUCAUGGUACAAUGGUGAUCCAUACUGA